AAACCAGGGAGAUAAUGUUGUUGCACGUGAGAUACAAUGGUCACCUGGGCACGUUGCCAGCCAAAGGUCUGCUAUGGAUCUGUCUGGUAACGUGGACGGUCACGUCGAGCCACGGCACGGUGGACUUGAACUGUUGCCCGAAGAGCUCCAGGUGGUCGUACCCGACGAACUGUUCCGAGAACGCGAGGUUCCGACUCAACUGCCAAUACGGCAGCUAUCUGAUAGAUCCCGAUACAGUCCCGGCGGACAACUUCAUCGUGAUACAAGAGAACGGGAACGCUUGGCUUCAGUUCACGGAGGUUCACUACGAGGCGAUCCCGUCGAACAGAUUCUGCGUGGCUGAGCGGGGAAACGGUAACGGCUCCCGGAUCGCGUUGGCCUGUUUCGAGGACACGUACGACAGCGAGUUCUCGACGAUAUGGCGGAAUACGUUGUUCUGCACGUUGGGCAUCAUAUCGGCCGUGUUUCUGAUCGCGACUUUGGCUGUCUACGUUCUGCUGCCGGAGCUAAGAGAGGUGCAGGACAAGGCGAUGAUGGCGGUGGUCACGUCGUUGGCGGUCAGCUACAUCGUUCUGUCGAUACAGAAUCUGAGACCGCAGGAGGACGGAGAUCACACGAUAUGCAUCUCUCUCGGAUUCCUUUUGUAUUUCGGUUUCGUGUCCGUUUUCUUCUGGUUGAACAUCGUGUCGUUCAACAUAUGGAGAACCGUCUGGUUUCAGAGUUUUGCAAUCAAGGACAAACAAUUGUUCAUGAUCUAUUGCGCUUGCGGAUGGGGCGGGCCGCUCUGUUUUCUGAUAUCGGCACUGAUCGCCCAUCACAUGGAGGGAACACACCUGAGACCGGGUUUCGGCGAGCGUAGCUGCUGGUUUAGCGGAACCGAGCAAUUGUGGGCGUAUUUUUACGGGCCGAUCGCAAUCCUGUUGUCGUUGAAUAUCAUCUAUCUGGGAUUAACCGGCUGGCGACUGUGGCAUCAGUACAACGAUUACAACGGGAACAAGUUACGAGCGCUUCGGUUCAAAUGUCUGCUAUAUGUCAAACUGAUCCUGGUGAUGGGCGUCACGUGGAUCUUCGAAGUGCUGUCGUACGCGAAUGGACCGAAAAAUAACGUCUGGAUCCCCACGGACAUUCUGAAUGCGUUACAAGGCCUGGUAAUAUUCCUGUUGCUGGUCGCGACCCGCAAACGCGUCAGGAAGCUGUUGGCGCGAAAGAGACCAUGCGGGAUCGCCUUUCCAAAAUCCUGGGCAGCCUAUGAGGACGAGGAGUGCGAAGAGGUGUUGCCCGAGGAAAUCGAGCUGUCGCAGCAGGGCUAAACGUGCCGUGUCGACCGAGACAACAAUUCCUUUGUAGACAAUGAGACAACACACGAGAUUGUAAACCGUUUGGUUCCUUACGAUGCAAACAC